AUGAAGUUCUCGUCUUUUUCUCUCAUUGCCAGUUCACUUCUUUCGCUCGUGGCUGCCGCUCCGGUCACCCUUCUUAAGAGAGACAGCCGUUGGGAUUACGCAAACGACAAGAUCUACGGUGUCAACAUCGGAGGAUGGCUCGUUCUCGAACCUUUCAUCACGCCUUCCUUGUUCGAGGCAGUCUCCUCAGACGUGCCUGUGGACGAGUACCACUACACUGAGGCUCUGGGAAAAGAAGAGGCCGAAAAACGUCUCCAGGAACACUGGUCCACGUGGAUUAGAGAGGAGGACUUUAAGGGUAUGGCAAAUGUCGGUCUUAAUUUCGUGAGAAUCCCGAUCGGAUACUGGGCGUUCCAGCUUGCAGAGGGAGAUCCUUAUGUGCAGGGCCAGCAGGAGUAUUUGGACAAGGCAUUAGAAUGGUGUGCAAAAUAUGGACUAAAGGCUUGGGUCGACUUGCACGGUGCCCCAGGCUCCCAAAACGGCUUUGAUAACUCAGGAAAGAGAGGAGAGAUCGGCUGGCAGAACACCACGGGCUAUGUGGACCUCACACUCCAGGUGUUGGACCAGAUAGCCUCGAAAUACGGAGGUUCCAACUAUUCUGACGUGAUCAUCGGCAUCGAGCUCUUGAACGAGCCACUGGGCUCCAACCUCGACUUCGACCAACUCGUCGACUUCUACAACAAGGGUUACCAACUGGUCAGAGAUAACGGAAACGCGCCUGUUAUCAUCCACGAUGCAUACCUUGCGGACCACACUUUCGACAACGUGCUCAAUACCGAACAGGACCCAAACAUUUGGGAGGUGAUUGUUGACCACCACCACUAUCAGGUGUUUGACCAAGGAUCUUUAAGCCAGUCCAUUGACGAGCACGUUUCGACGGCCUGCGGCUGGGGCCAGUCCGAAAACACCGAGUACCAUUACAGUUUAUGCGGAGAGUGGACUGCAGCUUUAACGGAUUGUGCAAAAUGGCUAAACGGAGCAGGCAGAGGUGCCAGAUAUGAUGCCACUUUCGGUGGAGGAAACUACAUUGGAUCUUGUGAUCAGCUCUACACAGCCAACUACGACUACUUCACUCCGGAAGUGAUUUCGAACUAUAGACGUUAUGUGGAGGCACAGAUGGAUUCGUUCCUAUAUGGAAAGAAUGCAGGAUGGGUGUUCUGGUGUUGGAAGACCGAAAACACCAUCGAAUGGGACAUGCAGAGGCUCCUUGGUUUAGGCAUCAUCCCACAACCUCUCGACGACAGACAAUAUCCAAACCAAUGUGGAUUUGAUUAG